GUCUGGGACAUGCAGCGCCAGCUUACACAGCCUCGCAGAUCCCAGCCCAGACCAGUGACCUAGUGGUCUGGUCGGUGAAGAAAGGUAGCUUGUGCCUGAGUUGGGGGACCCCUACACACUCCAUGAGGCCGUGAAACAAAGAGGGCACUAUCUGUAGCCCAACUCCCCAAAUACACAGAUGUCCCCAUGGCCUUGUCACUCCACGUGAAGUCCUGCCUGUCCUUGGCCCUGAGGAGUGUGACUCGGCCAAGGAUGCCAGACCUCAGAAGUCUGUCAAGCAUGGCUGGAGGGCUUCGCCCAGCCAGUGUGGUGGUUUUGCCUGAGUCCCUUGCACCAGCCUUCGAAAGCUUCUGCCAGGCCAACCCUCUACCCCUGAUGGGCAAGAGGAAGGUGCCCACCCUGGGUGCUGCCCCAGCUACCAGGCCCGGUGGUGCCCAGUUCCAGAGGUAUGAGGCUGGCAUCUGCACGGGCAGCCUGCUCUCACUGGAAGAUCACGGGGGGCAGCUGGAGGACAUGGUGGCCUUUAUGCUGGAUUGUGGCUCCUCCCUGGAGGGCACCCUGGAGGAGGCAGGACUGCCCACAUGGGAUGCAGCAGGUGAAGCCAGAGCAUACAAGACCACCAUGCCUUGCGCUGCCAUCGCUGGCUUCUGCUGCCACCUAGUGGUGACCAUGAGGCCUGUCCCCCAGGACAAGAUGAGCAGGCUGGUCCAGGCUUGUGGCUCCGGGGGUGGAGAGCCAGGACUCCCUGUUCAUAUCGGAGCCCCAGAGCUGCUGGGCAUCCGGGACCUUGCCAAGCCUGACUUCGGGGCACCCCUGGCCUGCCCACCUGGAGCCGUGCCUGUUUUCUGGCCUUCCUGGCUCACCUGUCUGGAUGCUGUCAGCAGCUGCAAGACCUCGUUGGCUUUCACCAGCACACCUGGCUGCUCAGUGCUGACUGACCUGAAAGACACAGAAGCCACAGCCAGCCACCAUCCCACACCAGGGACAGAGGUCCAGCUCAUCUCCGAGGCUCCUCUGCACUACAGCAUUGCAUCUGCCUCAGCCACACAGAAGAUCCGGAAGCUGGAGGCUGUCAUUGCUACAGACCCAGGCAGCCGGGGAAUCGGGCAUCUGCUACAGGCGGAUGAGCUGCUGCGUGCCUCCCUGGCGCUGUCCCAUGCCCGCUCUGUGCUCCUCACCACGGGCUUCCCCACGCACUUCAGACAUGAGCCCCCUGAGGAGACAGAUGGCCCACCCGGGACCCUCGCCCUGGCCUCCUUCCUGCAGGCCUUGGGGAAGGCUGCCUCCCUGGUGGUGGACCGGAGAGCCUUGGGCUUAUUCCAGAAGCUUGUGGAAGAGGCUGUGGAGCAAGGUGUCCUGAAGACCCGAAUCCCCAUCUUGACCUACACAGGGGUGUCACCCGGAGCUGCACGGGAGUUCCUGUGUGAAGCUGGGGACCCCAAGUUGCCCAGAUUUGACCACCUGGUGGCCAUCGAGCGCACGGGGAGGGCCGCUGAUGGCAACCACUACAACGCCAGGAAGGUGAACAUCAAGCAGCUGGCCGACCCUAUUGAUGACCUGUUCCUGGAGGCACAGAGGAUACCCGGGAUCUCGUCCACAGGUGUCGGGGAUGGAGGUAAUGAGCUGGGCAUGGGCAAGGUCAAGGAGGCCGUGAGGAAGCACAUCUGGAAUGGGGACGUCAUUGCCUGUGACGUGGCCGCUGACUUUGCUGUGAUCGCCGGUGUUUCUAACUGGGGAGGCUAUGCCCUGGCAUGUGCACUGCACAUCCUGAACUCCUGUGAGGUGCACCGGCGCUACCUGAGGAAGGCGGCUGGGCGCUCGGGGGCAGCUAUAGACCAGGGCUGGUCUCAGGCCCUCCCAUCUGUCAUUAAGGGAGGAGGCCGCCGGACCGUCAGGCCCCCAUGCUGCCAGGCUGACCUCUCUUCUGUCUUCUGUCUUCAUCUGCUUCUUCGUAAGCGUCUCCAAACAGCCUUUAUACCUUCGGCUGACCUCAGGUGCCUCACAUCAAUGACAUCAGGAGGAAAACAUGCUGGCCAUCCUUGUGCGACACGAGGUCCGGAGUGGAGUGACUGGCAACGUGGGCAUGGAGGUGGAUGGGCUGCCCUUCCAUGGCACCCACGCCCAGAUGGUCCAGAAGCUGGUGGACAUCACCCUGGAUGCACACAGGGAGCUGGGACCAGAGGAGCGGGUCCCAGAGCCCCCAAGACCUCCAGGGAUGCUUACAAAUAAACUCAGGCCCUAGAGGGGCAGUGAGCUCUGUCA